AUGUUUGAUGGUGUCAUUCGAAUUUUGAAGAAUUUCAAGUAUGUUUCUAAUCUGUCUAGAAAUUUGGUUUCACUAAGCGUGCUUGAUGAUGCAGAUUAUACAGUAAAAAUAGAGCGUGGAUUCAUGAAGAUUUGUAGAGGUUCAAUAGUAGUUCUUAAAGGAAUCAAGGACUCUCUAUAUUACCUAAUUGGGGAAACAGUAACUAGCAGCAAUACUUUAGCUGAGGCACCAACGGAUCACAAGGCAAUCCUAUGGCAUAAAAUGCUUGGUCAGAUAGGUAAUAAAGGCUUGCAAGUGUUGAAGAAACAAAGUUUACUUAGUAAUGACAAAAUGAGCAAGGUAGAUUUAUGUGAGAAUUGUGUGUGGGGCAAACAUCAUAGAUUAGUUUUCAAAGUUGGACAACAUAAUUCAAGGGGCAUCCUUGAAUACCUAUAUGUAGACCUAUGA